ACUCCCCUAAAACACCAUCUACCUGACCUAAUCUUUGCCAUGUUGCUGCCACUUCUGGGAGCCUGUGCCGUGGUGGGUCCAUUCCAGGGCCCUGAGUGGGAGCCAGUAAGGGGCCUACUGCCUCAGGAUCGAAGCUGCAGGGAUCCUCGGUGUUGUGGUAAUCUGAUUGUCUUCUGCCUCUUUCUGAUCUGGCAGAUCCAACAGUAUUGGUACCGGGUCUCCAGGACCAGCAAGAGGAAUGCCACCAAGGUGCCACCGCAGAGACGGGCAGUGCCAUCCACCAGACACGAAGCUUGCUUUGAGAUGAUUCCCCAGUUCUUUACUCUUGGAAGAAUCAGGGACCUGGAUGUUCCUGUGCAACAGUGGACACAGAAGCAGAGAUGGGGACACAGGAAGAAUGUCAGGCAACAGUGGGCCACCCAGUAUCUACUGUCACCGCAGAACUCAUGCCAAGACCUGCCUUGGCUUGUCCCCACCUCUUCUGAGCCCAUGCUUUGUACCUCUUCCUUUUCAAACAGCACUUGUCUUUUUCCUCGGGACAGUUCUUGGGAAGUAUGGCAGGUCCCCUGGUGUUCUAGCAAUAGCCAGGCCCACCCUUCCCUGGACAUGUGCCAAAGAAUGCAGCCCCCCUCCCAGGAGGAGGUGGUGCCAGGAGAGUCUGUUAGCCUGAAGUACCACCUCACCUCCACAACUUUAGCCAUCUCCCCUCUAAACUUCCCUGUAGUUCAGAGGUCAAAGUUCUGCCUCAGAAGGUUUCUGCCUGGUCCUCUUAACCAACAAUUGGAACUGCCCACCGAGAAGUCCCCGGAUAGCCCACAAGAUCCCUCAGAACCACAGGGUAAAACCCAGACAGUAGACAGAGACUAUGGUGAAGCUACUCCACAACGCACAAACAAGAGAGAGAGCAGAAGGGAGGUUGCUUCAGAAAUACAAGCAUCUGGAGGCUUCCUCCCAGUAGACUUUGGAGUGGAGAAGGCCAAGGCCCUGGGGUGUGGAAACCGGAGACUAAUCAUGGAAACUGAUGGAGAGAUCUCAAUGCCAGGGCGGGAGAAGCAAGAACAAAUGGGAUCUGAAGAUAGAGAACAAACUGAGAAAGUAUGGAAGAAAACCAAGGAACCUGGGGAUAAGAAUCCUUCUACCCAGGCUCUUAUGGGAGAGGAUCAAGAAGAAUUCCAAGGUAAAACCGACAUAGCAACUCAGACACCAGAGUGGGAGGGCAAGGAGGAUGCACUGGAGACUCUGGUAAUGGGAAAGAAGAAUGAGAAAGAAGCUGGAAGGAAGGAAGAGGCAGAGGUCCAGGACCAAGGAUCGGAAACACAGAGCUGGACUGGAAGUAGGAAUAGUGAGAAUUCCCAAAUGCUAACUCAGGGGACACAAGACAAGACUGGAGGGAAUACUGGGACAGACACUGAGGCAGGGGAAGGAAGAAACGAGGAGACUGGAGGUGAGGUUGGUGUGAAAAUCCAGACAUCUGGGAGGGAGAACCUGAGGGAAGUCAAAUCACAGGACAAUGGAAAGACCCAGGUCCUGUGGUGGGAGAAACAAGGAUGUAUUAGAACUCAGAAUGACGUCCAGACUCCAGCGGGGAAGAAGCAAGAACGGGGCGGAAACGAGCAUGCCAGGCAGACCCAAGUAUCUAAAAGAGAGGACCAGAAUCUGUCAAGAGAAGUUUGUGUGGGGACAAAGAAGCUCAGGGAGAUAAGAGAAGAGGACUGGGUGGUGCUCCAGGCUCCGUGCUGGGGAAACCAGAGACUGGUGCUGAUUGCAACUGACAGAGGACUCAAGAUAUCAUAUUGGGGAAAUCAGGAUCAGGUCGGAGGGGAAUAUGCUGCAGGGAGCCUGAUACCUGAGGCUGAGAAUCAGGGUCAGCGUGGAGGUAAAACUCAGCCUUACCCAGUAGAGAGCAAGAGUGAGGGAAAGACUGGAAGGAAAAAUGGGGGGGAUGAGCUGGCACCAGGGGAGGGAGACCCGAGAGGGGCUGAAGGUGAGGAUGAAGCACGGUCCCAGACACCUGGGGAAGAAAAUCGGGAUUGGAUAGGAAAUGGAUUUCAUAAAAAGAUUCACACACCAAAACAGAAGAAUCAGGAGCAGACAAGAGACAAUAGUAUAAAUAAGCAGAUAUCUGAGGCAGAGAACUGGGAAGAAAUAUCACGUAGUCAUGUUGAUGAUACAACCCACACAGCAGGGUGCAAGGAGGCAGAGAAGGCUGGGCAUGAGGAUGGUGCAGGAGUUCUAACACAAGGAAUGAGACUCCCGCAAGGAGGUGGAGGAGAGGAAGGUACAGAGACCAAGGCAGCCACGAAGGAAAGCCAGACCGGGUUAGGAAGUAACAUGGAUACAAAUACCCAUUCGUUAGAGUCAAACAACCAGACGCAGGUGGGACAUGAGGAUGGAACGGAAGUGCAGGCUCCAGAGAAGAGAAACCAGAGAGAACCUGGAGACGAUCAUGUAAAGACCCAGAGACCUGAGAGCAAGAACCAGGAACAGUUGACUGGAACUGGAGGGAGCUGUUCUACCAGGUGGGGGAGCUGGGAGCAGGCUAGAGGAGAGACCGCUUCAGAAAAUGGGGUGCUGGAGAAGAGAAACUGGAGAGAGGCUGGAGGCAAGGAUGGCAGAAAGAUCCAGGGAGCCAGCAGAAAGAAUCAGAGAGCGUUAAAUGAAGCUAAUGGACGGACCUACUUGUCAGAGUGGAAGACCCAGCAAAAUUUCAGAGAUGGGGAUGAUGCAGAAAUUCAAAAUCAAGGGAAGAGAAACGUGAGAAAUUUCACGAGUGAUGGUGGCCCAGAGACCCAACCCUCGAUGGGACAGGACCAGAGACAGUCAGGUAAUGAAAGUGAGGGAAAGAUUCAGACCCGGGGGCAAAGAAUCCAGAGCAAGGGUCCAGAUGCUGCUGCAGAAAUCCAGGAUGUGGGGGCCCAGAGAAAAUGCAGUGCUGAGGAUUCUGAACAGUCUCAUAUGAGGAGGAGAGGAGGCAAGGGCCAUGUCAGAACAAAGGAUGCUGUCAGGCCCCGUCUCCAAGGUAACUCUUCUGUGACAGUGGGAACCAGGAGCAGGAAGUACAGCUUGGUUCAGCCAGCUUCCCUCGUUUUUAGGCACAAGCAGCCAGUAGGUGGAAAUGGUGUAGAUUCUGUCCCCUGUCCUGAAGAACAUCUCAGUAGCCAGAGCACAGCCCCUGCCCAGAAGAACAGUGAAAGCUCCCAGGGGGCCCAACCUGGAUCUCAAAGAAGACAAGAAAGGGACAAACGGGUGGGUGCAGGAAAGGCUUCCAUGACAUGUCAGCACCCCCACCCACAGUCUCAGGCAUCCUCUGUCUUUCCCUUCCUCCUGUGUCCCCAAGUCUCGCAAGCUGCCCCAGCUCUGGCAAAUGCACCCCUUGUUCUCACCGCCCUGCCCAAAGGGUCAGCCCUCAAGAAGAGCAAGCAUCUGCUCCUGGAAUCCCUUAUGAAGAGGAGGAUUGCACACCUGAGGUGGGGCCUCCCUCGGCGAAUCCUAGAGUCUUACUUGCUUUUUCACUUCUUAGAACCUUGCUCUUUACCUCGGGCUGGCGUGAGGCUGCCUGGAGUACGCACCAACCAGGAUCGUCAAAGGCAGCAGGAACGGCAUUGUGAGACCCAGGGAUCCCUGUUAGGCCCUGAGUCUCCAGACAGGUCUCAAAGCUGUCCGGUUCUUGAAAGAAAAAGCUCAAAACUUUCUACCCAAGUCCAGGCUCUGGAGAAGUGUAGGCCACCCAAGUCAGAGCCAAUGGGCAGCUCCAUGCCGCCUAAGAAACCCAGGAGAAACAAACCACCAGGGGGCGCAAGAGAACUACAGAUCCAAGAGGAGACCCCGAAGGCCAAUAUCCCUGCUCGGAGGAAUCCCAGGCCAGCAGCAGAGUCAAAGAGCUGGUGUGGCCCAGGGCAGGUCCAAGAGCUUUCCACUGAGAGCAGCAGGGGCAGAAAAAUGGUCAGGCCUCGAGUCUCCCACGUAGAAGAGAGGGCUUCCAGCAGAGUGAGGGCCUUAUCCUGUACAGAGGGCCACAGCCACUGGAAGAAGGAAUGCAUACCAAGGGAAGCCUCUGAGCUCCCCAAACUCAAAUGCCAGCAGCCCCCACACUGGAGAAGUAGAAGCACGGGACCUGCAGAGGGCAGAGGGGCCUGGCAGCCGCCUUUCCCCUCUUCUGCACGUGUCUCCAGCUUCAAAAACAAUGUCCACUCUGCCACAGCCAGGCUGAGCAUGACAGUCUUGAGCAAGAUGCCACGAUCGCCACAGGCGCCUAAGCCCCAGCGCCCAGCCCCCUUUCUUACGCUGAGGAAUCCUACCCCACUUUCCAAAGUGAGUGACCCAUAUACAAGGGCAGACAGCACCAGUGCCCCCACUGCUUUAGAGAGGGACCUUGAGCCACCAGAGCAAUGCUGUGUAGGGGUAACUGCUCCCCAGAUGGAGAGCUACAAGGAGCAUGAGACGCCUGGGAACCCAAAUGGGGCACCCCCAAAUUCAGCAGUUUCACAAAAGUUUGGUUUUAUGAGGCACUUGAGAUAUUUUCUCAGACACUGUGGUCUUAAAAAGUAGGCCACGGGCUGAAGUCCUUAGGGCGUGCCCGAAAUGUCAUGAGAGUGAUCUGCUUAGUCCCAAGGCCUCUAAUAAAUUGGUUAUUUGG